AUGUUGCUCGACGACGGUGCACCCGUCAAACUUAACGUCUCGUUGCUCGGUCCCGCACCUGUCGACAAACUGGAGCCGCAUGCUCAGAAAGAAGUCGUCAAGGGGGCAGCGGCCGUGUUUGGGCAGGGAGAGGAGGAGGAGGAAGGGGGGAUCAAGAAGCUGAAGGUGCCGUUGGUCGAACUUGACUUUAGUCCUGCGGAAGGCGAGAAGGCCAAGGAGCGCUUGGAGACGAUCAAGCAGUCCGUUCCGCACGAUAAAGAGGCGCUAUUCAAGGUCAAAGUCGGAUGGGAUGGUCUCACCGACUUUGAGCCAACCAUCAAGCACCGGAUGGUUAAGUAUCUGGGUGAACUCGAAGAUGACGACCUAAUCAUGUUUGUGGUCGAACAUCUCAAGGAUCACAAGGGUCCUCAGAAGCUCGUCGAGGGUCUCGAACCUGUCUUGGAAGAAGAAGCACAGGAAUUUGCGAUCAAUAUCUGGAGGCAAGUCAUCUUUGAGAGCAUGGCUUGCGGCGAAGCUCUUCAAACCGAGCGCAUGACGAUCGAUUAA